AGCCAGCGCCCUGCAGGUCCUGGGCUGCGCCUUGGAGCGACCCUCCUGCCGUGCCAGAGUCACGCUGGAGCCCCCCGCGCUCCUCCUCAUCCCGGGAGGAAGGCUGGCUAUUAAAAGCCCGCGGGCUCGCCACCCCAGCCUUUCUCCCAGCCCGGCCUGCGGGACAACCACAUCCCCCAGGGCUGUAAUUUCCCCGGUUUAUAUUUAGCGGAGCGGGGAUAUAAAAGGGCGGCGGGCCGCGCUCCCGCCAGGCUGCCGGAGCCGCGGCUGUCCCUCCCGGUGCCCAUGGACACCUCGUACCCCCGGGAGGAGCGGCCGCCCCCCAAGCGGGGGCCGCCCCCCGCCGCCCCCGCGCCCCGCGACCACCUGCUCUGGGCCAUCUUCAACACCCUCUACAUGAACUUCUGCUGCCUGGGCUUCGUGGCGCUCGCCUUCGCCGUCAAGGCUCGGGACAGGAAAGUGUCCGGGGACGUGGAAGCUGCCCGGCACUUCAGCUCCAAGGCGCGGUGCUACAACGCCCUGGCCACGGCGGGCAGCGUGGUGCUGCCACUGCUGCUCGGUGCCCUCAUUGUCACCGGGGUCAUCCACCUCUCCAAGCUGGCCCAGGAGUCUGUCGGCUUCUUCACCUACCAGUUCAGCGGGAGCGACGACGAGGAGCAGUGAGCCAGGGUGAGGGGCUGCUGGCACCUCCUCUGCGCCGCUGGUGGCCCCCCAAAAGGCCACCACCCCUGUCUGCCACCCCCGCUCCCCAGCCCCAGUUAUUUUUGUUUAUCCUCUGGGUUUUUUUACCUCCCCUUAUCCCGUGUGGAGCCCCAGCUUCCGCGGUCGCUAUUUAAAUCAUUAAACGCUUCACACAGCGCGAGUUUCUGCCUGUGGAAAGGGGCAGGGGGGUGCCAAAGGGAAAACAUAAACUGGGAUUUUUGGCUCUGAUGGGGCUCCUGGCAGCCAGGAGAUACCAUUGUUCCCACAGCCUUUAGGGCCACCUUUGGCCCCAGGACUGAGGAGGGGAGGAAGCAGAGACGCCCCUGGGCCUCUGGGAUGAAGCAAAGGUGGGGUCCCAGAUGGAGCUGAGACCUGCAAACUCAUGACAGCAACACAGACAUCCCAGCCAGUGCCAGCCAGGACAGGGGGGACUUGGCAAGCACUCCCAGUGCUCCCUGCUCUCCGUGCCUGGGCUGGAGACAGCUCGUUUUGGGACUAAAGGAUCCCUUUUUUGAGCUAAACCCCCUUUACUGCCAACUAGCCCUGGUUCACAGUGGGGC